UAACAGUAGGCGGUGCGACGGCAAGUUCGCGGGAGAAGAAGCAUGUUGCUUUUACGUUACACAGUAGCUGCAGAUAAGGCAUACUUACAUUAAAAUUAAUAACUGCUGUAAUUUUAAGGCAGAUUGUUAUGGCUGAUAUUUUAGGAGUCGUUUUCAGACGGUUCGCGUCAGGAACGGUAACGACUGAUGUCAUAUUUCCCGCUGAAGCAGAAGGAAACACUCUGGUGCUCGGGGAUGUGAACAUCAGUAGAUCUGUGUUGUUUCUUGCGGCUGUUACAGCUGCCACAGAUCUGGGGCUCAAAGUACUGUUUUUCACACAAACCCCCUUUCAGUCUCUGCCGGUGUCUUUGAGAGCUUCACUGCCUGGAUUAAAACUAGAGACUCUGAAGAAUGUCAAGUUUGUGUAUGUGAAGACUUUGGAGGAGCUUGCUGAAGAUCUAGCGUCCCUCCAUGAGCUAGCGUCUGAGGCUGCGUCUCCUCCCUCUCUGAUCAUCCUGGACGGUCUGGAUCAUUAUUUGCACGGGUCUCGAGGUGGACCGCUCCAGGACGACCUGAGUCCCGUGGCCCACGUGGCGGCCCUCCUGCAUGACACUGCUGCUUUUCUCUCCCAGAUCCUGCAGAGCAGAGCAGACGGCCAGGGCCUGUGCAGAGUCAUGGUCUCCUUUCAGUCUGAAGAUGAGGGCAGUCGGGACAGUGAAGCGCUGGCACCUGAGCUCCUCCUCUCUGUGCUGGACCGUUACCUGCAGGUGAGGUGCACACUAGAGGAAGUGAAGCAUGACGGGGAGUGGCGGGUGUAUCUGUCAGUCAUGUGUCCUGCGCUGGUUCAGCAGUGGCACAUGGUGCUGCGGGCAGGAGGUGCUCUGGAGUUCAGGCCAGUCUUCGGUGGAGAACAGCAGAUUCUGGAGCAGCCAGAGAAAAGCAAACAGGAAAACGAGAGAUGUGGAGACAACUGUUCAUAUUAAAAAGUUCAUAUUGCAAUACAACCUAUUUCAGUUUGUCAGUUUGACAAGCCAUACCUGAUCAGAAAUGUUUACGUGAUAUUGACAAAGGAACGUAAACUUUUCUUGACUAAAUACAGAUAGUCAUCCAUACUUGGAGAAUUUAUUUAGCAUUGACAAUGUAAAAAAAUAACUACAAUUUAAUGUGAAUUUAAAGUUAACUAUGAAAUGAAUCUCAGCAUUUAUUUGUUGUAUGCCUGCUUUACAUUUUAUUGACAGAAAAAUUCAUAUAUUUGAUUUUCCUCUUUAUUCGUUUCCUUUUGAUUAAGCGGUUUAAAAAAAAAAAUCUAAAUAGAUUGAAUACUUUAUUACAUUGCUCGUUUGUAACUUUUUUUUAGGGUUUUUUUUUACAAUUUGUACAUUACCCAAAAUCAAUAAUUUUCAUUCUUUUCCAUGUUUUUUCCUAAUUAAACUUGAGUUACUAGCUGUUUCAAUCAGCUGAGUCAGCUGUUAGGAGUCAGUUUUUCAGUCACCUUCUCAAGGGCUCAGUUAUCUGCAAAUGCUCCAUAAUUAUUUUUAUACAUGUUGAUGCAAAAAAGACUGUUUGGAAAUUUGAUGAUUUCUUAAGUCUCAGAAAUUGGGCUACACAAAAGAAGAGGUUAUACAAAAGAGGGUCAUUCAUUACAUUUUGAAUGAACUAUCUCACUAACACAGAGAACAUAAAAAAAGGAAA